AAUACCCACCCUCUCCUCGCUAGAAAGCGCUAUACUUGCGGGAUGUGCUGACAGAAGACUUUUCCCUUUUAUCCCGCUAAAAACGCCCAUUUUCUUUCGACUUGUUUUUUCUACCUCCGGCAUGGAGCUCGACCGCCGGCUGCUGCUAAUCCACUGCGCCGCUCACGCCCUCUCGGUCGCGGCGGGACUGCUGGUGGUGGUCCCGAUGGCUCUUAACGGCUCGGCUUUCAAAGGCCGCUGCGCCCUCUUCUCCACCGGCUACUGGAGGAAGGAAGACCGGGCCGAGUUUACGGAACAGCCCGGGGAGAUGUCUCACCUGGUGGUGCAGCGGUGGGGCCCUCUGGAAGCCUGCCAGCUCGCCACAUUUGUGGGUAUUUUUACGACGCUUUACGGGGCUGCGCAGGGCUGGAGGUGCCUCUUCUAUCUGCACGGACGGCAUGACGACACCCUGUUCUCAUCCUUCCUCACGGUCUUGCUGAGCGUCUGUGUGCUCUUCCUGUCUGCGGGGGCCAGCGUCAUUUUGUCUCUGGGAUUCAGCUCUUGGUGCGACACAGUCACCGAUGACAACACACGUCCCUACAGUUGUGCAGAGUCCCAGUCUGUCCCUCUUUACCUGGAUGUUGACACGUCUACUUUCUACACAGAUCUCAGUCUGGCUCAGGCGUCUCUAUGGUUUGUGACGGCCCUGUGGCUGGUUCAGUCCAUCCUGGCCUUCCUGCGGCUCUACCACUCCCACAGGCAGAACAUCACAGGGCCUUGGCUGCACCGAGACAAGGAGCUGCUGCUGGGACACACUCCCCUCGACAGCGGCUCCCCGACGCCUCCUCUUCCCCCUGCAACCCCAACUGUCUGCGUCUGACAGGGAGGAAGUGAGGUAGUGACGCAGCUCCUCACACCGUUUUAAACCUCAUCUUGUUCAUUAUGAUCACUUCAUAAUGUCCACCCUGCACGUCUUACUGUUUACAUGCCUCAUCUUAAUCAGCAGAGCCUGACCUUUAAAUUAUAUUAUCUGCGAAGAAGCAUCAAGAUACUGCAGUAGGGAAAUGCCAAAGAUACAGUCUGUUGUCUUUAUUACCUUUAUUUUUCUGAGAGAUGCAUCUAAACAAGAUUAUGAAAUAUACAAUAAAGCAUGGGAAUUAUCUAGUUUAAAGGGAACUGUGACUUAAAAGAAAAACCUAAAUGCUUAAAAUUGAGUAUUUGAUUGAAAAAAUAUUUGGACCAUUUUACUCAUUAAAACUUCAGGGGCCUCAUGCAUAAGAGUGUGCAGUUUUCACACUAGAACUUGGCGUACAGAAAAAUUUUGAAAAGUGCGGCGCACAAAAAAAUGCAUAAAGCCGUGCGCACGCACGUGGCCGCGCACCUUUCCUUAAUGAAUCCUAAUUUGCGGGAAAUAGAGCGCAGC